ACAGCUUAGAUUGAAUCCAAUCGCCAUAUAGACCAUACCAAGCAUGUCAAAUCCACGUACAUUAAUAGAUGAUGCCGAGAAAUUGCUCAAGCCUCAGCUGGGAUUCUUUCUGUUCUUAUCGGGCUCUUCAGACUCUAUGAGAAAGGAGGAAGCCACCGAUCUCUUGAUCACGGCGGCCAAUCAAUACCGAUUAGCCAAAGAUUUCAAUAAUGCUGGUGCCCAAUUUGUAAGAGCUGCCGGAAUUCAAGAGUCCUUAUCCAACCAUAACGAUGCAGCAAAUCAUUUGGUUGAAGCCUACAAAUGUUUCAAAGGCGUUUCCCCAACUGACGCCAUUGAUGCGUUAUCUAAAGCCAUUCACAUAUUUUUAACUCAAAAUGGUCAAUUCAGAAGAGCUGCCAACUUCACAAUGGACUUAGGGGAGCUCUAUGAAUCAGUCAAUGAUACUGCCAAUGCCAUCAAGAGUUAUGAACAAGCAGGUGAUUAUUUCACUACUGAUCACGCCGAAGCAUUAGCCAACAAAUCCUUUUUAAAAUGUGCUGAUUUGAGUGCCCUUUCUGGUGACUACAAAAAGGCUAUUGAAUUAUAUGAUACAAUUAUUAAGCAACUGGUGGGAAACAAUUUGACAAGAUGGAGUUUGAAGGAUUAUUUCUUGAAGGUUAUUUUAUGUGUAUUGUGUACUGAUGAUAUUAUUGAAGCCCAAAAAAGAAAUCAAAACUUUUUAACAGAAGAUCCAAACUGGAAUCAAACAAGGGAAUACAAGUUAGUGGAAGGAAUCCUUGAGAGUAUAGAUAAAGGUGAUAUUGAUGGUUAUUCAGACAAAGUUUUCGAAUACGACCAGUUCGCCAAGCUUGACAAGUUGAAAACCCAAUUGUUGUUGAAGAUCAAGAAUUCCGUGGUUGAUAAAGACGACGAUGACUUAUUAUAAGUAAAGGGUGUUAAUAUACGAAAUAUAUUUAAAACAACAAAGACAUAAUUCAUAAACUAUUUACUACUCUUUCUUUCAAACAAUUCUCCAAAUGUAGGAUUAGAAAAUUUGGCAUAACUGGGAGCAGUCCAUUUCCGGAAUGUCUUCCCCCAUUUAAUAAGAACAAGGAAGCUUCCAUUGAUAAGAAGAGAUAACAUAAACAUCAACCAAGCAGUUACAGCUAACCCGCAUCCUUCCAACCAUGGCCGGAACACAAAGCAAAAGAUCAUACCAACCAUAUUUCUAAUGAACAAGAUAAGCACAAUACAUUCACUGGCUAACUUGUGAUAACUGUCAACAGCAUAAGUUAAACAAAUUGAACCUGAAGAGCCCAUGGCAAAACCCAAACAUCCUUGACCAAUAACACAGGGAAUUGCCCAAUGGAUUCCAUUAUUCAAUCCUAAGCCAUAGGCCAAAAUUCCAGCAGCAUUGACUAUAGUAGGCACAACCAUACUGUAUAAUCUGAAUUCAGGUUCCAAGAUUCCAUGAUUACGUUCUGCCAACUUGAUGGUGCUCCAAUCAACAAAAUAUCCUCCAUAUAACAUCCCAAUACAACUUCCACCAAAUGCACCCAAAUUUGUUAAUCCAAUGACAUUGGGCAGGAAAUUAUAGGGUGGAGCACCAUAGAGUUGACUUUGAGUGUUACUCAUCAAGGAAAUCCACAUCAUUUGCGAGCCAUAAACCAACCCACUCCAAAUCACAGCUGGGAAAAUAAUCAAAAAGAAGGGUCUGUAGUAAAUACAUAACCAUGACCU